AUGUCGGGCAAAAUCGACCAGUUUAGCUGGGUAUCUCAAAGCACGAGAAACCGGAGUGAAAUCUCAGGGACUAGUUACAUAUCGCAAUCUCUUUACGAGUCCAUUUCUUCAUUUCUCCGUGAAAGUGAAAGUGAAAGUGACUCCAUCGUAAAUGAAGAGCCUGAAGAAUCCCCCUCAGAGGGGAUUUUAAGCCAUUGCUUUAAACAGUAUAAAUUCAGAAAUGAAUAUCCCUAUUAUUCUCUUAAAUUGAAACCAAAUAGAUUUGGCCGGCCUAAAUCUAGACGGCGUAUUCAUAUUGCGCCACCUAUGGACAGUGUAGUUCCUAGUAUUCACAAGCCUCGGCCACCUGUCCCCAGUGAAGCGGAGAAAGUUCAGGAGUUAAGGGCACCUCCAGAGGCCCAGGACAGCAUCUCCACUGAGGAGAGCGACCUGCUAAAUAUGGAAGCUUGGAUUAAGGAGCGAAAAAAACUGCGUAAUCUGUUGGAGAACUGUGUAAAUCUGGAGGAAUGGUUGACUGAAAAGAAGCCCCUCACUCAACAAGAAGAAAACAUCCUGAGAAAAAUAAAAGGAGAGAAGGACGCUAAAAUUCAAGCCGAGUUGCUGGCUCUCCAAAGUGUUAAGACCGCACCCAAGAGUGAACCAGUGAAAACUACGCCUCUUAUUCGGGCUCCAUAUCCGCCAUCUAUUAUUACACUACAAAAUCUUCUGCAUAAGCAAAAACUCAAGCUUGUGGAUCUCUUCAAAAAAGCUGACAGGAGCAGGACAAUGAAAUUCAAAAGAGUGGAUUUUCUUAGAAUUAUCCAGGAGACCAAGGUGCCUAUCAGUAAAACUGACUUAGAAGAAAUCAUUGUCUUUCUCACCAUUUCAAAGAAAGGACAUAUUAUAACUGGUGCUGACCUGGCUGAAUGUCAAAGGUUAUGGACGGAUAGUUUAAGGGACAACUGGAAACAGCCAAAGCAAGAGCCAUUGCCUGUGACAAAAACUGCAUCCAUCACUGCAAAAGGAGAUUUAAUCCCUCAUGCCAAGUCCAGUAUAUCUUCUCAGGUAGCUUGUCCACCCAAGUCAAACCAUUUGCAAGUUCCUCCCAUCAACACUGAAACAGAUCGCAGGCACUUAACUUAUAACCAGAUGGAAAUAGUUGGGAAGAGAUACAAGGAAACCAGACGACGGCUAAAGAGGAAAACUAAUCCAUUAGACUUUGCGGAACAGUGUAGACUGGUGAGAUCUGGAGACCCGAUUGUCGAUAGUCACUGCUUGCCAAGCUGCCUAGAGGGUGAAAUGGGAGAAUUGGUGGACCAGCAUCGCCUGGCAUGCCACUAUGUCUACUUUCAGUGUGUGAAGCUUUGCAAAAAAUAUGGAAUUCCAAUUUCAGAAAGAGCACUAAAAAGAGGUCUGCUCUACCCAGGAGACAGGCUCCUGACACUUGGAAAGUACUCCCGGAAGUUGAGGCAGCCAGGAGGAUAUAUUGACAAUUCUGUUUACCUGGGGGAAUCAUCUGAUGGGGAAAGCUCUUCCAAGGUUGAAGAAAGAAAGCCAAAACCAAUUAAGAAAGAAGUCAAAAAGCAACCUCGGACCUGCCGCUGGGAGUCAUUUAAGGAAUUUAAGAAACUGAUGAGUCCACACUCCAAAAGAAUACUUCCUCCACUGGAUAUUUGGAAUGUGAAAUUUCUGGAUGAGAAUUUGCCUGAGAGUCCAGAUGUGCUUGCAAAAAAAUACAUGGAAAGAGAACUGAGGAGAAUGUAUAGCUAUCUGAAUCCCUUGACCAACCCUAAUAAUUUCUGGCCGGGGCAUCUUCUUGAUAAGCUGCGCUUGUGUCUACCUGAAUCAAGACAGGAUAGAAGUGAAGUUCUGUUCAGCCAUGUUUCUCACACACACCCAGUCAAUCCUGGUAUUCACGUUCCUCAUCGCAACUGGCCGGUCAGCAACAAGGGAUACACGACCUAAGGGGAUCCAGAAUCUCGCAAACAUAACUAUUACAUUUGAUGGCAUUUUUGAAGAACGUGACCAAGAAAUCUGCUGCAUUGGACUAACAGAGGGGUCAUUGUCCCGUUUAUACAAUACGACAAAAUUAUGACUUGGUGAAAGGGGCUUUCAGACAAUCAAUUCGUAUGUAUUUUAAGCAUGUUGCAUGAAUUACCAUGGUACAGAUUUUCAAUGAAAGGUUUGUUUAAUUAGAGAAACAGCUUUUCUUCCAUUCCCUCCUUAGAAACAUACAGUAGAGAGGAAUCACAAAGCAGCAAAUUUUUCAAUGGGUGGGAAAUUGGUAGUCUUCUAAAAUGUUAUUACGGUUCCCAUUAGCUUUGACAGUCAAACGGACUCUUCCAAUUUGGUUGCACAUUCCCCUCUGUUAUUUCAGGAGAUGCAUUGAUAUUGUUAUAAUAAUGGUACUGCUCAGAAGGGUGAGGGAGAUGCAAGGGUUGUGUGGAAGAAGACAUAUUUUGUUUGCAGAAUGUCCCAUUUUUGUGUCCUGGCAUUUUCAGGCAAAAGGACUACACUCCAUCAAGCAACAAGACUCUAGCUAAGCAUUCCGUUUCCAGUAUGACCAGCAAAGUGCAUCUGGAAAACCUCUAAGCUGCCCUGGGUUCUCCCUUUACAAGAAGAUAGGAAUUUCCCUUGUUUAUAAUCUUCCUAUACUGCAGAUAGUUUUAUCAACCUAUAUCAUAUACUGUCCUGCCUGUAUUUUUUCCUAAAAUGGUCAUCUCCCGUCAUAACUUUUCCUAAUGGAGAUGGAAGAUGGUCAAUUUUUGUCUCAUCCUGUAGUAUCUGCUUGCAAUAUACUGCACUGUAGAAAUGGAAAUCCUAUACAAUAUAAAGGGCUUUCUUGAUCCAAAUGAUCAGAGAGCUUCUGCAUAUUGUUAUAUACAAAAUUUAAGGCACAACUUUGUACUCAAUUAGGAUAAAGAGCAAUUUUGCACUGCCAGGAUCAUUCCUGAACAAUUCAGGCAUAGGAUCAAUAUCUAACUUUAAAUAUUUCAUUAAUACCAUUAGAUAUUUCAUUUCAUUAAAGAGAUCAGUUUUGUUCCCUGUUAAUAUUGAUGGUGAGCCCUUUAUCACAGCACCCUUAAUGAAAUCAAACACAAAUCUAGUCAAAUUUUACAGGUGAUUGUAGCUGCACACAAUUUCACACUGAUUAAAAGCUACUAUUUGGAGAAUUACAAAAUUCCAUUUAGGUCGUGUCUGAUAUUCAUUGAGCCUUUAUACUAGGAGACCCACUAGCAAGGCUUUAUUACUUCAAUGGCCCCAUUCUUGCUGGACAGGUAAACUUCAAUAAGUCUGACUUGACUGCUACAGCCAACUUUGAAAAGAUUUAAUUUAAUAGAAGGGCUUUUCAGACACUCUUUUCCUAUAGCUUUUUUUCUUGGAAGAUGGAUAAAGUGAAAUGAUUGGAUUUUGGUUUUCUUACAGUCCAACCUUAUGCAAUAUUAGGGUCACUUACAUUAACUGUGGUAUGAACAAGCUCUGGCAGUGUCUUCUGCCACAAUUCUCCCCCCCCCUUACAGAUGAAAAUAUCUAGGCACAGCUGUUGGUGCCACUACCUACCGUAACAGCUCCCUACAAUACACUGCAUUGGGGUGGGGAUUUGAAAGAGUACUAAACCAGUUCUCAAAACCAGCCUCAAACAGCUGAUGAGGCUGAGCGAGCUGCCCAAUCAAGCAGGAGAAAAAGUUCACAAUCCAGCAACUUGCUUUCGACAGCUACUAUAAUGUUCAAAGUGCUCAACCCAAUUUCAAAACAAGCCUGCUAAACAGAUGAUCAUAAGGCCAAGGAAGCUGUAUCGUAAAAUGGGAGAGCUGAUACAAAGGUUGAGGAGAUGGGAACAGUAGUUCCCAGGCUAGAGAUGACCAUUGCAUAAAUGUAUUGCCAAUACCUAACUUCAAGGUUGCCAAGCAUCUGUUAAUAAAGAAGAACAUAAGGAUAAAACCUUUGGGAAAAUAGAAAAAAAAAUUGCAUUGCCAAGAGAUAUUGAUUUAUGUGUGUGGCUUCAAUGUUGUCUGCAAUAAACAUCCUACCAUAAUUACUGUAGUUGGGAGUUGAUGUGAGUCUUCUGUCAAGCCAUG